AUGCAGACACUCCAGUUUUCAAGCAAGACACAGAGGAAGAGAUUGCACGUACCUUCAUUUGCCCUUGCUCUUGUGCUGCUGAUCACCUUGGCCUCUCUCACCAGUUCCUGCUCGAAGCAUGAGGAGGUCUCCCUUCUCCAGUUCCUCGCCGAGCUCUCACAAGACGAUGGCCUCGCUGCUUCAUGGCAGAACGGCACGGAUUGCUGCAAGUGGGAAGGGAUCGCCUGCAGGAGUCCCGAUAGGGCGGUCACUGAUGUUUCACUGGCUUCUCGAGGCCUCGAGGGGUCCGUCUCGCCGUUCCUUGGCAACCUCACCAGCCUCUUGCGCCUCAACCUGUCGUGCAACUCGCUGUCCGGUGGCCUACCGCUGGAAUUGGUGUCGUCCAGCAGCAUCACCAUACUUGAUGUCAGCUUUAACCAGCUCAACGGAACACUCCACGAGCUGCCCUCUUCAACCCCUUCCCGGCCUCUGCAGGUAUUGAACAUCUCAAGCAACUUAUUUGCAGGAUACUUUCCAUCCACCACAUGGAAAGUAAUGGAGAAACUGGACACACUCAGUGCCAGCAAUAACAGCUUUACUGGGCAGAUACCAACUCAACUCUGUAGUACCUCACCAUCCCUCACUGUGCUUGAACUGUGUUUCAACGAAUUCAGUGGCAGCAUACCCCCAAGUCUUGGUAAUUGCUCCAGGCUGAGAGUGCUCGGGGCUGGAUAUAACAACCUCAGUGGAGUAAUCCCAAAUGAACUCUUCAACGCAACAUCAUUGGAGUACCUGUCAUUUCCUAACAAUGAUUUACAUGGAGCUAUUGAUGGUACAAACAUAACCAACCUCAGAAAUCUUGUAACCCUUGAUCUUGGAAGGAACAACUUCAGCGGCAAGAUUCCAGUUUCUGUAGGACAGCUCAAGAAAUUAGAGGAGCUCCGUUUGGACAACAACAAUAUGUCAGGGGAGCUGCCAUCUGCUCUGAGCAACUGCACAAAUCUGAUAACAAUCGACCUCAAGAGCAAUAAUUUCCAUGGAGAACUUACAAAUGUCAAUUUCUCCCACCUUCCCAAGCUAAGAACAUUAGAUGUUUUCUUGAACAAUUUCAGCGGCAAAGUUCCAGUAAACAUAUACUCUUGCAGCAAUCUGACAGCACUGCGGCUAGCUGGCAACAAUUUAUCUGGGCAGCUUUCUCCACAAAUAGGCAAUCUGAAGUACCUCACCUUCAUGUCACUUACUGACAAUUCUUUCAAAAAUAUCACAAAUGCACUUCACAUCCUUAAGAGAUGCAGGAACCUCACCACCCUGCUUAUUGCACUCAACUUCAGGGGAGAAAUCAUGCCAAAGGAUGACAAAAUUGAUGGUUUUGAGAAUCUUCAGGUUUUGGGUAUGGGAGGAUGCGAAUUGUCUGGACAAAUACCUCACUGGAUAUCAAAGCUAGGAAAUUUACAAAUAUUAGUAUUGUCUGACAAUCGACUCAAUGGGUCAAUACCAGCCUGGAUCAAAACCCUAAGCAACCUGUUCUAUCUGGACAUAUCAAACAAUAGCCUCACAGGGGGGAUUCCAACAGCAAUUAUGGAUAUGCCAAUGCUGAAGUCAGAGAACAGGAAAGCCCAUUUAGACCCAAGAGUAUUUGAGCUACCUGUUUAUAGUAGUCCAUCACGACAAUACCGUGUACCCACUGCUUUGCCUAAAGUCCUGGAUCUAAGCAAGAACAAAUUCACUGGUGAGAUCCCCCUGGAGAUCGGUCAGAUGAAAGCCCUUCUUUCACUCAAUUUUAGCUUCAACCACUUGACGGGACACAUCCCACAAUCAAUAUGUAAUCUCACAAAACUGCAGGUGUUAGACUUGUCGGCCAACAAUCUCACAGGUGAAAUCCCAGCCGCAUUGAACAGCCUACACUUUCUUUCAGCAUUCAACAUUUCUAACAAUGACCUCAAAGGGCCUAUUCCAUCUGGAGGCCAGUUUAAUACAUUUCAGAAUUCUAGCUUCGAUGGGAAUCCGAAGCUGUGUCGUUCUGUACUCAUUCCCAAAACAACGAAAUAA